AUGGCCAGUAGUGUAAUUUACCGUAACAGUGUGAGGUGGUUGAGCUUGGGCAAAGUAUUAAAAAGAGUCUGGGCAUUAGAGGAUGAAAUUAUUUUAUUUCUGGACACUAAGGAGAUAUCUCAUGAUUUUGUUGCAAAAAUAGAAUGUGAAGAGUGGAGAUAUGAGAUGAUGUUUGCAGCUGAUAUUUUUGAAAAACUGAAUGAGCUGAAUGUGACAUUGCAGGGAAAAGGGAUGUUUCCUCAUGAAAUGUGGACACAUAUCAAAGCAUUUAAAACAAAACUAGGUCUGUUUGCAAGGCAAGCAAAUGAUGGCAAAUUUUGUCAUUUCCCUUUACUAGGGAAGCAGAAAGUACCUGGAAGUGUUUCAGCUAAAAUUAGGGAUUAUUUGCAGAGUUUAGAGGCUGAGUUUACUACAAGAUUUCAGGAUUUUAAGAAAAUUGAGCCUCAAUUUAAUGUUUUAUUGUAUCCCAUCACUGCUGAUAUUGACACUGCACUACAGGAGCUGCAACUUGAACUGAUUGACAUGCAGGCAGUUCACACACUGAAAGAAAUAUUUAGUGCUGUAACUUUUGUUGACUUUUAUAAAUCUUUGUCAGCUGAAAAAUUUCCAUGUAUCAAGAAAUUUGCAGGCAAAAUGUUCUCCAUAUUUGGAUCAACGUAUAUUUGUGAACAAAGUUUUUCUUGCUUAAAUAUCAACAAGAGCAAAUACCAAAACUGUUUAACAGACAGUAAUUUGCAGGCUGUCAUGAGAAUAUCAACUAGCAGUCUGACUCCUGAUUUAAAAAAAAUGUGCAAAAUUGUGAUAGGAUGCAAUUGUCCCAUUAAACUUGUUUUAAAAUUUAAUGUAGUUGGAGAUGGUAUUAAAUUAGCAAAAUAA